UCUUGUUGCUGAUGCAGUAGACAUCUCACCAAGUCAACCACGACGCUCGUUAUACCUCUCAUCCAGCUGGACUGGCCACAAUUGUACUUUUUUUGUAAUCUCUUUAUUCUUUCGUUCCAGGCAUCACUCACGCGCUAGCCGUCCAUGCAAGUUGUGCAACCAAACCGUCCGUCCUUCCAGGCUGGAAAGCUCGGCCUGCCAAGUUCUCCCGCAUGCACCCGUCCCAGGAGAGACGCGCCAUUCGUGGAAGGUCACUCGCGGAACCAAAGUCAGCCCAUUGCGUUCACUCCUACUCGCCCUUUACGCCCUCAUAGACCCAUGGCAUCGGUGUCGGUACCCGCCGGCGCUGCCCAUGUCACCCGAGUGUCCACUUUUCGCUCUGGGUCUCGCACUACAGGAACCAAUGCUGGUUCCCCCUCCCAAACGCCUGCAGUCAACCGCGAGUCGAUCACUUCAGCAGGAUCUGAUUCAUCUGCUUCGUCAACCACAUUCCAUGAGAGAAUGAGUGGAGCGCAGAGUCAGUUCUCAUCCUCAACGAGCUUAGAGGACUACUUUGAGCAGCAAAAAAAAUCCACUAGCUUUGAUAAAUCGCUUCAGGCCGAUCCCACUCUACCACGUGAAGGCCCCCAGCAUGAUAGAUAUUUGUCAAUACCGGAAAAUGGUGAUGGCAUAUGGAAUCGCGUCGCUGCGGCUGCGAGUGUAUUGAAAGUCAAUGCGAAUAAAGCAUGGUAUUCAAGGAUUAGUGCCUCGGACGAGGAAGAAGCGCCUCAUGGACGCGACUCGCAUUUGGUCCGCGUAAUGAAAGCCUAUCACCUUGCAAAGGCCCGUCAUCCUUCAGAUCUUCCUGACUGGCUCUUUGACGAACGCGAACGGAAGCCAUCUCUCAGCUCACGCUUCGCAGAAUCCCCAAGAGGCGCAGUGUCUGAUAUUCAACCUCCGCGCCCUUCAGCAUUCCGUCGUAUUUACGAUGAAGCAGCCUCCCGUGCACCACAAACAAACCAUUCACAGAUCCCAUCCCACGUACUCACUUCUCCGGACAAAACAAGUCAAUCAAAGGCUGCGGAUCGCUUAAAGGCGUUCAGGGAUGCAAAACGCGCUGACUUGGGAGUGCGGCACGUUUCGUCCAAGUCAGAAAGCUUGUCCUACUCUCCAUCACGAAUUGGUACCAAUGUGGAUGCACAUCAUGGCGCUAGUUACCGGGGCGCAUCGUCUUUUCCUACCAGACAACCCUUGUUAUCUGUACAGCCGUCACAGCCAGGCGCAUUCUGAUUCGGUUGACAUGUCACUCUUUCUCAGUCUGGAAGCGCAAGCUUCUGUGAGCACACAAGCAAGUAUGGAUAAACAUUUUUCUAUACUCUAUUGUAACUUAGGUAUCAUAUACUUUUGUAUGCACGGGGGAAAACUUAUCCAGUCAACUUCAAGGGUGGCGUUUUGAAUAAAUGGACUCACUUAUUAACCUGCAGACAACUGAGACAAGGCCUGGA